AUGGCCCACCAAGAUCCGAAUCCAACCCUCCUGGAACUCGCACAGCAGGUGCAGGCCGACUGCAGGAUCAUAAUCGACCACCUGGCGCGCAAUGCUCUUCCUUCCCCGUCCCUCGCGGCCGAUGCGUACCCGUUCUUCCCUGGCACGGGACCUCCCGGUGUUGACACCUUCCCACGCUUGAACGAGGAUAUCAGAAAGGCGAGGACGCGGCUCCAAGUCGCGGCCACGACCCUCGCGCAGCUGGCUGCUGGGCCUGCAGACGCGGCGCUGACGGGCACCAUUGGCCACUUCAUGUCUGCCUGCCUUCAAUACAUCCAUCACUUUCGCUUGGCGGAGCACGUCCCUGUGGAUGGGGACAUCAGCUACAAGGACCUUGCUGCCAAGGCUGGCGUGGUUUCAAAUCAGUGUGCUCGGGUGUUGAAGUUCGCGGCCACCAAGGGUUGGUUCCGCCAGACGCGGCCCGGCCAUGUCACCCACACGGCCAUUUCUAAGAUGUUGCUGAUGCCCGACUUCCGGGACACAAUCGGGUACGUCACGGGAGAGUCAUUCGCGGGCGGGCCAAAGAUGGUCGAAGCUGUAGAGAAGUACCCAGGCAGCGCGGAGAAGAACGAAACGUGCUGGAACUUGGGCCACAACACCGACCUGCCCAUGUUCGAAUACUUCGAGCAUCAGCCCGCCAGGAUGCAGCGGUUCAUGGGGUGCAUGCGGUAUAUGGCGUCAGGAGAGAGCUUCAGUACCAAGAACGUCGUCGACGCGUUCGACUGGCAGGGCCUGGGCAAGGGGCUGGUCGUCGACGUGGGCGGCGGUUUCGGUCACUGCUGUUCAGAAAUCGCAACGGUGGCUCCGCACCUCGACUUUAUCGUGCAGGACCUGGAGAAGGUGGUUGCGCAGGCGCAAAGGGAGCGCGCCAAUGACAAGGACAUUGAUCGCAUCAAGUUCCAGGCGCACAACUUCUUCACCGCGCAGCCUGUGAAGAACGCCAGUGUCUACCUCCUCCGGUUCAUCUGCCAUGACUAUUCGGACAAGUAUGCGGCGCAGAUACUGGGACACCUCGUGGCCGCGAUGGGGCCGAAUAGCAGGAUCAUCAUUGUAGACGAAGUUAUGCCCGAGGUGGGUGUCCUGAGCAGCGUUGAGGAACAGCGCGCAAGCAGAAUGCUGGACAUGGAGAUGAUGCUUAGCUUCAACAGCCUGGAGAGGGAGGAAGAGGGCUGGCAGUCGUUAAUCGAACAGGCCGAUGAGAGAUUGGAACUGCGCAGUAUCCGGAGAAUACCAGGGAACGUCCUCGCCGUCAUGGAGGUGGGUUUGAAGCAACCCAAUUAG